GGGCAGUGCAGUUAGCAUGGCGGCGCCUGGUCCCAAUCAAUGAGAUAGAGUUGAUGUUCCGCCCGCCCGCCGCCCUCGGAGAAGUGACCCUCCCCGGUGUCGGGAGGCAGGAUUUGUGCUGCUAACUAGCGUGCUCUGCUGGAGUUGACAAUAUGUAUGCAGUCUAUCGCCAGGUCCAUCCCCCGACGGGGCUGGAGUUUGCCAUCUACUGCAGCUUCUUUACCAAUGCGGAACGCAACCUGGUGGUGGCUGGAACAUCUCAGCUGCAGGUCUACAGACUCAUUCAUGAUGCAGAGAGCACAGUAAAAGGAGACAAAUCUUCAGAGGUCAAAGGUCGUAAGGAAAAGCUGGAGCAGGUGGCAUCAUUUUCUCUGUUUGGCAACGUUAUGUCCGUCGCCAGUGUCCAGCUGGCAGGUUCCAAACGGGACGCACUCCUACUUAGUUUCAAGGAUGCCAAGCUGUCUGUUGUUGAGUAUGAUCCUGGGACCCAUGAUCUAAAAACACUCUCUCUACAUUAUUUUGAAGAACCUGAGUUGAAGGAUGGCUUUGUGCAAAAUGUUCACAUUCCUCUAGUGCGUGUGGACCCAGAUGGACGUUGUGCAGUGAUGCUAAUUUAUGGGACACAGCUGGUGGUCUUGCCUUUUCGGAGGGACACCUUAAGUGAUGAACAAGAUGGAGUUAUGGGGGAGGGCACUCUUUCCCACAGGCAGAAGUCCAGUUUUCUUCCCAGUUACAUUAUUGAUGUUCGGGAGCUGGAUGAGAAGCUGCUGAACGUGAUUGACAUGCAGUUCCUGUACGGUUACUAUGAGCCCACUCUACUCAUCCUCUAUGAGCCUAACCAGACAUGGCCUGGUCGAGUGGCAGUGCGACAGGACACCUGCAGUAUUGUUGCAAUCUCAUUAAAUAUCAUGCAGAAGGUUCAUCCUGUCAUCUGGUCUUUGAGCAACCUGCCAUUUGACUGCACCCAGGCCCUGGCGGUACCAAAGCCCAUAGGUGGUGUGGUCAUCUUUGCAGUAAACUCAUUACUGUACCUCAACCAGAGUGUCCCACCCUACGGGGUGUCCCUGAACAGCCUGACUAAUGGGACAACGUCCUUUCCACUCCGGAUUCAGGAGGGGGUGAAGAUUACGCUGGACUGUGCCCAGGCUGCUUUUGUGUCCUAUGACAAAGUGGUCAUUUCCUUAAAGGGAGGUGAAAUAUAUGUGUUGACUCUGAUAACUGACGGAAUGAGGAGUGUCCGUGCUUUCCACUUCGACAAGGCAGCGGCCAGUGUUCUUACCACUUGUAUGACUACUCUGGAGCCAGGCUAUCUGUUCCUUGGGUCCCGUUUGGGCAAUUCCCUUUUACUGAGGUAUACAGAGAAACUGCAGGAAGCUCCAAUGGACGUUGGAAAAGAUCGGGAGAAACAGGUAUUAAAUGAAGAGCCACCCAACAAGAAGAAGCGCCUGGAUUUGUCUGCUGGCUGGAUCGCUGGUGAUGUUGCUCUGUUGGAUGACAUGGAUGAGAUUGAAGUGUACGGGAACGAGGCCCAAUCAGGCACUCAGCUCGCCACCUAUUCCUUUGAGGUCUGCGACAGUAUCUUGAAUAUUGGUCCUUGUGUGAAUGCUUCCAUGGGAGAACCUGCUUUCCUCUCUGAAGAGUUUCAGAAUAACCCAGAGCCUGACCUGGAGGUAGUGGUAUGUUCAGGAUACGGAAAGAAUGGUGCACUCUCCGUUCUACAGCGAAGUAUCCGAGCCCAGGUGGUGACUACCUUUGAACUUCCUGGCUGCCAUGACAUGUGGACGGUGAUUGCUUCCGAUAAGAAGGACGAGGUGAAUGCAAAGGAUCAGUCAGGAGAUGGAGAGAAGGCAGAGAAGGAAUCCAAAGAUGUCACCCCAGAGGAAGACGUAAAGAAGCAUGGUUUCCUCAUUUUAAGUCGCGAGGACUCAACAAUGAUCUUGCAGACGGGCCAGGAGAUCAUGGAGCUGGAUGCCAGUGGUUUUGCCACACAAGGUCCCACCAUUUUUGCAGGCAACAUUGGAGACAAUAAAUACAUUGUGCAGGUUUCGCCAUUGGGAAUCCGGUUAUUGGAGGGUGUGAACCAGCUGCACUUCAUUCCCGUGGAUCUGGGCUCGCCAAUAAUGCACUGCGCAGUGUGUGAUCCCUACGUGGUGAUCAUGAGUGGGGAAGGGCAGGUGACCAUGUUUGUUCUGAAGCGCGACACGUACGGAGGGAACACGCACAGACUGACCAUGCAGAAACCACAGAUACACAUGUUGUCAAAGGUGAUAGCACUUUGUGCCUAUCGGGAUGUCAGUGGAAUGUUCACCACAGAAAGCCGAGCCUCCUCCAUAAAGGAAGACAUGGUGAAAGGGAGUCUGUCAGAGAUGGAAACCAUGAUCACUAAUAUCAGCACCACCGUGGAUGAUGAGGAGGAGAUGCUGUACGGGGAGUCAGGGUCGGCACUCUUCAGCCCUCCCAAAGAGGAGCCAAGCCGUACCUCCAUGCCAACGGCCGAGAAGGAGCCGUCACACUUCAAAAUGGAGCCCACCAACUGGUGCAUGCUGGUGAGGGAGAACGGCGUCAUGGAGAUCUACCAGCUGCCUGACUGGCGCCUGGUGUUUCUGGUGAAGAAUUUUCCAGUGGGUCAGCGUGUGUUGGUGGACAGCUCCUCCGGACAGCACGUUACCCAGGGAGAGGUCAAGAAAGAGGAGUUUGCCCGCCUGACUGAGAUGCCAGCAGUGAGAGAGGUCCUGUUGGUUGGGCUCGGUAAUCGCCAGACCAGGCCUUUCCUUCUGGUUCAUGUGGAACAGGAGCUUCUGAUCUACGAGGCUUUUCCCUAUGACACACAGCAAAGCCAGAACAACUUGAAAGUCCGAUUUAAAAAGGUGCCACAUAAUAUCAACUUCAGAGAGAAGAAGCUCAAACAGUCCAAGAAGGAGAAGAAGGUUGAGUCUGCCACAGGCGAGGAACUGAUAGUCCCAAAAGCAAGGGUUGCUCGCUUCCGCUUUUUUGAAGAUAUAUCUGGAUACUCGGGGGUAUUCAUCUGUGGCCCAUCCCCGCACUGGCUGUUCAUGACGUCACGAGGAGCCCUGCGCUUGCACCCCAUGACAGUCGAUGGACCAAUUGAAUCCUUUGCGCCCUUUCACAAUGUCAACUGUCCGAAAGGCUUCUUGUACUUCAACAAGCAGGGCGAUCUCCGAAUCAGCGUGUUGCCGACCUACUUGUCGUACGAUGCACCGUGGCCUGUUCGGAAGAUUCCUCUACGUUGCACAGCACACUACGUAUCUUAUCAUGUAGAAACUAAGGUGUAUGCCGUAACUACGAGCGUGCCGGAGAUCUGUAGUCGAAUACCGAAGAUGACAGGGGAGGACAAAGAGUUUGAGAACGUCGAACGUGAUGACCGCUAUAUCUAUCCAGUGCUGGAUAAGUUCUCUAUUCAGCUGAUCUCUCCUGUCAGCUGGGAAGCCAUUCCCAAUACCAGGAUAGACAUGGAGGACUGGGAACACGUAACCUGCAUGAAAACGGUGUCCCUGAGAAGCGAGGAAACGGUGUCUGGACUGAAAGGUUACAUUGCCGUGGGGACGUGCCUCACUCAGGGGGAGGAGGUUACGUGCAGGGGCCGGAUUCUCAUCCUUGAUGUGAUCGAAGUUGUACCUGAACCUGGUCAGCCCCUGACCAAGAACAAGUUCAAAGUGCUGUACGAGAAGGAGCAGAAAGGCCCGGUGACCGCCCUGUGUAACUGCAAUGGGUACCUUGUUUCAGCCAUCGGACAGAAGAUUUUCCUAUGGAGCCUGAAGGACAACGAUUUGACAGGGAUGGCCUUCAUUGACACCCAGCUCUACAUUCACCAGAUGAUCAGCGUCAAGAACUUCAUCUUGGCCGCAGACAUCAUGAAGAGUGUCUCCAUCCUUCGCUACCAGGAGGAGAGUAAAACGCUGUCACUUGUUAGCAGGGAUCCGAAGCUUCUGGAAGUUUACAGCAUCGAAUUCAUGGUGGACAACUCUCAGCUGGGAUUCCUCGUGUCUGACCGUGAGAAGAAUCUGCUAGUGUACAUGUACCAGCCUGAGGCGAGAGAGAGUUACGGAGGGACACGGCUACUGCGGAGAGCUGACUUCAAUGUGGGCGCUCAUGUGAAUGCCUUCUGGCGAACGCCUUGCCGUGGCAUCAUGGACGGCUCCAAUAAGAAAAACCUGGCCUGGGAGAACAAGCACAUCACCUGGUUUGCUACGCUGGAUGGUGGGAUUGGGUUCCUGCUACCCAUGCAGGAGAAGACAUACAGGCGGCUUCUGAUGUUACAGAAUGCGCUGAUCACGAUGAUCCCACACCACGCCGGCCUCAACCCCAAGGCUUUCAGGAUGCUGCACUGUGAUCGCCGCGCCCUGCAGAACGCCGUGCGCAACAUCCUGGAUGGUGACCUGCUCAACAAGUUUCUCUACCUGAGCACCAUGGAGCGCAGCGAGCUGGCCAAGAAAAUUGGCACCACGCCAGAUAUGAUCUUGGAAGACGUGUUGGAGAUUGAUCGGGUAACUGCCCACUUCUGAUGGAAACGAGGCAGAAACACAAGGAACGCUGUGAUCACAUUCAUCUUUGCAACGGUGUGUGCACUUUCUAAAGUUCACCACCUGGACACAGGGGUGUUGCAUAAAGGUUCCCCCUUUGUGACUGAGUCACAAGCCGCAGAGGACCUGGAGAUGGAUUUUAGGACUUGGUUUGUUUAUAUGAGUUAGCCUGAACGUAUUGUGUGUCUUUUUCAUGUUUAAAAGCUUUUGUAAAACAGAUGGGGAAAAAAAAGUUAUUUUUUAAUCUGGCCCACAUUCAUCAUUAUUUCUUUCCUCUUCAGUUUCAAGGAAGUACAGUGGAUUCCAGUUAAUUAGGACCAGUACAUUUUGGCCCAGUUAGCCAGUUUCAUGGAAGUAGCUAAAAAGGUAUUAAAAGGAACAAACUCAAUAGCAGAUUAUGCAUUUAAAUGAAAUGCAGAACUAAUUAGAACACUACCAAUACUGCUGCAGUACUAUGAAACUGUAUUAGUUCCUGAUGGUUAGCGACAGAGAAAUUCAUCCAGUGUAUGCUGCUGUGUUCUUUUGAUUUUGCUGAAUUUGUAUAUUUACAGUCAGACAACUAAUUUGGACUGCCUUCAUACAUUGCUGUUGACGAUUACAUCCUCCAAAUCUUCAUUUUCAAGAUGAUUGUUGAUACCUUCAAGUUCUUGGUAGUUCCUAACUUGUUGAAAUAGUGAAAUUGUUUCAUUUUCACUCCUGGCUGUUUCUGGCAUCUCCAAGCCUGAAUGCUUGAAACCUCAGUGACAGAAAUCAGUAUUUAAAAACUCGUCGCUCUAAGCACAGUGUAACGUUUAAUAACCACCCAAGUUCACAUACUGAAAGUGUCAAUUGCCUCCUGUCUAUGCAGAGUGUAAAUAGCAGCGUGUCCCAAAUAAGCAAAGGGAAUCCUGGUUAUUUUCUCGAUUAGUAUAAGAGUUGUCCCAAAUAAGCAGCUCCCCCGAUUAACCGAUGGCCCAGUGAACUGGAGAGGUGCCUAAGGUAUUCAAAAUUAUGAGGGGUACAGAUGGGGUAAAUGCAAGCAGGCUUUUUCCACUGAGGUUGGGUGAGACUAGAACUCGAGGUCAAGGGUUAAGGGUAAAAGGUGAAAUAUUUAGAGAAACCUGAGGAGCUUCUUCACUCAGUGGGUAGCGCAAGUUUGGAUAAUUACAGAGAUGGGAGGGGCUAUAGUCCGGGUGCAUAUCGCUGGGACUCAGCAGAUUGGGCUGAAGGGCCUGUUUCUUGGCUAUGUUGUUCUAACAUUUUAAGGUGAUUUGAGGAAAUUAUGGGGGUGGGGGGGUAAGAUUUCUGAGGUGUUUUUUUUUAAAACAAGUCUGCUUGGCUUUGCAAAGUGCUUGGACUGAAGCCUUCCAUAGUUCCCGGUCUCUAUACAGUGAAAAGAGUAGGCACACACACAAGUGGACGAGAUAGCCCCACAACUACCAUAAAAGGUCCAUUCCGCAAAAAGCAGGAUUUCCCAGAGACCAACCAUUUAAAUUCUUGUCCUCAUCCCCUUUCCCAUUCCCACAUGUCGGUCCAUGGCCUCCUCUUCUGCCAUGGUGAGGCCCCUCUCAGGUUUGAAGAGUAACACCUCAUGUUCUGUGUAGGUAGCCUCCAACCUGACGGCGUAAACAUUCAUCAUCUUCAAUUCUCCACUCUGGCCUCUUAUCUCUUCUCCUUCACUUUCUCCCAUCAGAUUCCUCCUUUCAGCCCAUUCCCUUUUUCACUUAUCACCUCCCAGCUUCUUACUUCAUUCCCCCGCCGCCCCCCCCCAACACCUCUCCAGGCUUAACGAAGGAUCUUGGCCCGAAACGUUGACUGUUUACUCGUUUCCAUAGCUGCUACCUGACCUGAGUUUCUUCAGCGUUUUGUGUGUUGCUCUCUAUUUCUUUGUCCUCUGUGUUACAUAGAAACAUAGAAAAUAGGUGCAGGAGUAGGCCAUUCAGCCCUUCGAGCCUGCACCACCAUUUAUUAAGAUCAUGGCUGAUCAUCCAACUCAGAACCCCGCCCCAGCCUUUCCUCCAUACCCCCUGACCCCCGUAGCCACAAGGGCCAUAUCUAACUCCCUCUUAAAUAUAGCCAAAGAACUGGCCUCAACUGUUUCCUGUGGCAGAGAAUUCCACAGAUUCACCACUCUGUGUGAAGAAGUUUUUCCUAAUCUCAGUCCUAAAAGGCUUCCCCUCUAUCCUCAAACUGUGGCCCCUCGUUCUGGACUUCCCCAACAUCGGGAACAAUCUUCCUGCAUCUAGCCUGUCCAAUCCCUUUAGGAUUUUAUAUGUUUCAAUCAGAUCCCCCCUCAAUCUUCUAAAUUCCAAUGAGUACAAGCCCAGUUCAUCCAGUCUUUCUUCAUAUGAAAGUCCUGCCAUCCCAGGAAUCAAUUUGGUGAACCUUCUUUGUACUCCCUCUAUGGCAAGGAUGUCUUUCCUCAGAUUAGGGGACCAAAACUGCACACAGUACUCCAGGUGUGGUCUUACCAAGGCCUUGUACAACUGCAGUAGUACCUCCCUGCUCCUGUACUCGAAUCCUCUCGCUAUAAAUGCCAGCAUACCAUUUGCCUUUUUCACCGCCUGCUGUACCUGCAUGCCCACUUUCAAUGACUGGUGUAUAAUGACACCCAGGUCUCGUUGCACCUCCCCUUUUCCUAAUCGGCCACCAUUCAGAUAAUAAUCUGUUUUCCUAUUUUUGCCACCAAAGUGGAUAACUUCACAUUUAUCCACAUUAAAUUGCAUCUGCCAUGAAUUUGCCCACUCACCCAACCUAUCCAAGUCACCCUGCAUCCUCUUAGCAUCCUCCUCACAGCUAACACUGCCACCCAGUUUCGUGUCAUCUGCAAACUUGGAGAUGCUGCAUUUAAUUCCCUCAUCCAAGUCAUUAAUAUAUAUUGUAAACAACUGGGGUCCCAGCAGAGCCUUGCGGUACCCCACUAGCCACCGCCUGCCAUUCUGAAAAGGUCCCUUUUAUUCCCACUCUUUGCUUCCUGUCUGCUAACCAAUUCUCCACCCACACCAAUACCUUACCCCCAAUACCGUGUGCUUUAAGUUUGCACACUAAUCUCCUGUGUGGGACCUUGUCAAAAGCCUUUUGAAAAUCCAAAUAUACCACAUCCACUGGUUCUUCCCUAUCCACUCUACUAGUUACAUCCUCAAAAAAUUCUAUGAGAUUCGUCAGACGUGAUUUUCCUUUCACAAAUCCAUGCUGACUUUGUCCGAUGAUUUCACCGCUUUCCAAAUGUGCUGUUAUCACAUCCUUGAUAACUGACUCCAGCAGUUUCCCCACCACCGACGUUAGGCUAACCGGUCUAUAAUUCCUUGGUUUCUCUCUCCCUCCUUUUUUAAAAAGUGGAGUUACAUUAGCCACCCUCCAAUCCUCAGGAACUAGUCCAGAAUCUAAUGAGUUUUGAAAAAUUAUCACUAAUGCAUCCACUAUU